UGCGCCUGUGCUUGCUCUGGGGAUGGGCGCCUUGCGGGUUUGGCGUUGGAUUUCGGAGACCUGGCGGCCGGGGUUCGGGGCUGGCGUACGGCGGAGAGAUGCAGGCUUCGGCACCGAGGCCCGGCGUCGGCCUCAACCUCAAGCUUCCAGCAAGAGCAAGGACCCAGUGGAGGACCAGCCCUUCCCGGGGCUUCUGCGGACAGAGAACCUGGGCGUGGAAGAGCUGGUUGACGUGCUGAAGGCAGCUGUGGUAGAUCAGAAAGGACCUCUGGUGACACUGAGCAAGCCACAGGGUCUGCCUGUGACAGGGAGACCCGGGGAGCUGACGUUGCUUUCUGUGCUGCCGCAGCUGAGCCAAGCCCUGGGGCUUGGACACCAGGAGCUCCAGAUUGUGCGAGCACCUGGAAAGGAGGCCUCUGGGCUUGUGCUCCUCUCCGGCUGUCCCCAGACAGCAAGCCGCCUGCAGAAGUUCUUCGCUCACUCGAGGAGAAGCCAGAGGCCCACUGCCACCUACUGUGCCAUCACUGAUGGCAUCCCUGAGCCUUCUGAGGGGACUGUCAGCGUGGCUCUGAGGCUGGAACGCGUGGAUGGCAUUGACCUUGCAGUCCCAGUGGCAUCCCCAUCUCGAAAGGACAUCCUAGAAGGUGUCAAGAGGACCUUCAGCCAUUUUCAUGUGAUGGCCACAGGCUGUGGCUGUGCCCUGGUCCAGCUGCAGCCACUGACAGUGUUUCCCAGUCAACUGCAGGUGCACAUGGCUCUGCAGCUCUGCCCGGUGCUUGGGGACCACACCUAUGCUGCUCGAGUGGGCACUGUUCUGGGCCAGCGCUUUCUGUGGCCAGCCACGACCACCAAACCCCAGACACAGGUCCUGGAUGAAGCUCUCCUCAAACGCCUCCGCCUGAGUCCUUCCCAGGUGGCCCAGAUGCCCUUGCACCUGCACCUGCAGCGCCUCCUCCUCCCAGGCACCAGAUCCAGGGACCCUCCCAGUGAACUUCUGGCGCCCGUGCCCUCUUACUUCUCUCGGACCCUGCAGUGCCUGCGGCUCUCCCAAAAAUAGACAACGUUUGACCCCCAAUCAGAAAAUGGAAAGAGGAAGGGCUGUGACCCACGUCAUGGACAAUGGGGUUGGUGCUGAGCACAGCCAAGGUCCUUAGUCAGCCAAUCUAAGAUCGGUGUGGGGUUGGGCAGUUGACUUUCCUCUGGACUUAAAAUAAUAAAAGUCCUACCUCAUAA